GUUGAUAUAUGUUUGGACAUGCUUACAAACACGAGAAAUAGCAUGCAUAUUUGCUCUUUUAGUUGAUACUUACAGUUAAUGAUGCUAAUCUAUAUUGUUCUUGUAUAUAACUCAUAGUAUACGAUUAAAGGUCAUGGCAUGCUUCAUUUGCAAUUAUAAGUAUAUUUCUGAGAGUGAUGAAGACUGAAACCACGUAUAGUCUUUUGUUCUAGUGUCUAUCCCAACCGGAUUUGUAGCUAUUGUUUUGUGGUAGAAAAUUUGACACCCAAAGUUUUAGAAAAGUCAGUGAGUUUACUUGGAAGACUUUUAAAGUUAGUUGACAUGUUCUUUACCAGGAAAGAGCACAUCUUUAUUAUGAGCGUUGAACUCUAAACAAUUUUCAUUCAUCUCAAUUAGAAAAACUAAGCUGAUCAAAUCAUAUAUGCAACAUGAUUCGAUUACCUAAUUAUCUCUUCAAACGCUCUGAUUCAGUAAAGAUCAUCUGCAAUCAUCUAAGGUAGCAUGUUGAGAAUAUUGGGAGGAAGAAUGAAGUGGUCCAUAAUAGUCCAUGUGUUUUCCUUGCUAAGCUGUGGCAUAACUUUGAGUCUGGGAAUAUCUCUGUCGAGGCCUAAUUGUCAAGAAAAGUGUGGAGAUAUUACCAUUCCCUUUCCUUUUGGGAUAAGUUCCAAGUGUAGUGCAAAUGCCUCCUUCACUGUUAUUUGCAGGAAUUCCACAACUCCAUUCCUGAGCAGCAUCAACAUGGAAGCACUCAAUAUCUCGAUCUUAGGUACAGUCGUAGUAAAGCAGCCCGUGUCAGCUAUGAACUGCUCUGCUAAGCUUAGUACAGGUCAUCUGCCAAUAUCCCUCAAAGGAACUCCGUUUACUAUCUCAGCACGCUACAACACAUUGGCUGUGUCAGGCUGCAAGAAUUCAGUCUGGUUGCUCGCUAAUGAGACGACUACUGUGGGAGGAUGUACUUCCAUGUGUGAUGCUAACUCCACAGAAACUAGUUGCAAUGGCGUCAACUGCUGCCAAACAACGCUUCCACCACAGCUCAAGGAGCUCCAGUAUAAUUACAAAACCAUCGAAGCUAGCAACAUGAAUGAUAGCUCUUGUGGAUAUGUUAUCCCAAUUGAGAAGAUAUGGUUAAGUAAUGAUUAUAAAAGCUUCAAAGGUGGAAAAUUUGGAUUUGCUCCUCUAGUACUUGACUGGGAAUUUGGUGAAGUGACAGGUUAUAGUAAUAGUGUUUGCAAAUAUUCUGAUGAUUAUUGCCUCUCAUAUCCUAAUGAAUUGGGCCGCAGGGAAGUUACUAAUAGAGGUCAAGCUUGUAUGCUCAAACAUCUUGAGAAGGAAUGUGACCUAUAUCCUACUAAUUAUCGUGCCUGCAAAUCACUAUCUGACCCUACUGUAUCUCAUAGUAUUGGUAAUAUAUAUUCAUUUGAUAUAUAUUACUAUGAAGAUGCCUUUUCAGUUUAUUACGAUGGAUAUGAUUAUGUAUCUUCAACCAAAUACUGCUCUUGCCCUCGGGGGUAUGAAGGUAACCCGUAUCUACCAGAAAAAUGCAUUGAUAUAAACGAAUGCAGCAACGCAACACAGAAUCCCUGUGGACCAUCAUGGUCUUGUAUCAAUGUAAAAGGGGAUUACACAUGUAAAGAUCGAAAUGCCAAAAAUAGAACUCGUCUAAAAAUAGCAUUCAUCAGUAUUGGCAGCGGUCUUGGCGCUCUAGUUCUACUCCUCAUAGCCUGGAGGUCGACAAAAGCCAUUAGAAGAAGAAUCAAGGCCAACCGUAGACGCAAGUUUUUCAAGCGAAAUGGAGGAUUGUUGCUGGAACAACAACUGACUGCAACUGAUAAUGGCCUUGAUAAGACCAGGUUGUAUAGCUCAAAAGAAUUGACACUAGCUACUGAUCGCUAUAAUGAAAACCGCAUACUUGGCCGUGGAGGCCAAGGUACCGUCUACAAAGGAAUGUUAAAGGAUGGUAAGAUCGUGGCAGUCAAGAAAUCGCAGGAGGUAGAGGAAGGUGACCUUGAUGUCUUCAUUAAUGAAGUGGUUAUUCUAUCGCAAGUGAACCACAGGAAUGUGGUUAAGUUACUCGGAUGUUGUCUAGAGACUGAAGUUCCUCUUCUCGUCUAUGAGUUCAUCCCAAAUGGAACCCUUUUCCAACACAUUCAUGAGCCAAAUGAGGAAUUCCCCUUAACAUGGGAAAUGAGAGUGAGAAUUGCAAGAGAAGUAGCAGGUUCACUUGCUUACUUGCACUCUGCUGCAUCUGCUCCUAUUUAUCAUCGAGAUAUCAAGUCAACAAACAUACUCUUGGAUGAUAAAUACCGUCCCAAAGUCUCAGAUUUCGGGACAUCACGGUCAGUGGCUCUUGAUCAAACUCACUGCACCACGCGGGUCCUGGGCACCUUCGGCUACUUGGAUCCCGAGUACUUCCAGUCAAAUCGGUUCACGGAGAAGAGUGAUGUCUACAGUUUCGGUGUGGUUAUGGUUGAGCUUCUAACAGGUGAGAAAGCAAUAUCAUCCAUCAGAGCUGAAGCAGGAAGGAGUUUAGCUACACAUUUCUUGCAUUCAAUGGAGGAAAAUCAGUUGUUUGAGAUUCUUGAUGCAAGGGUCCUCAGAGAAGGCAAGAUGGAAGAAAUCAUGGCUGUUGCUCAUCUUGCUAGAAGGUGUCUGCAUUUGAAUGGGAAGAGAAGGCCAACAAUGAAGGCAGUUGCAGCAGAAUUGGAAGCAAUCACAGAGGUGGAAGAAUGGUCUUAUGCUCAGCGGGAUGGUGGUGGUGGAACCAGAGAGACUCAUUCUAUAGAGGUUUUUGCUGAGUCUCACAGCUUCUCUUCCAUCGCCCCGUUUUCACUGGAGGCUGAGUAUCCAUUACAUGGUGAGUGAACCCUAAGAAAUACUAGGAAAGAUGAAGGACUACUUUCUUUUUCAUCUGCUUUGCUUAGAGUUUGUUUUUAUAACAUCCUUUUCUGUUUUCGCAUCAAGUGUUUGUAUUGAUCUUAGAUUGUUGCAAGAGUUAUGUCUGGUAUUCAGUGUGUAUGUACUGUUGGGAUUAGAUGUGUUGAAUGCCUCUUAAAAUUGAGUG